UAAAGAAAGGGAAAUUACCAAAAUCCUAAAUCGAACCAAUUCAACCCGAGAAUUGGAUCAACUAGUUCGGGGAUGGCACCGGUCUAUCCCGGAACUAAUCACCCCUACGAGAGCGUUCCAAAUUCAAGAAAGUUCAUCUAGCAAAAAGCCAUUUCGUGCCUAAUCAACCCUCAAAAGUCCUCUCCAUCAAAAGAUCGGCCCAUGUUCUGUUCUUUCCUUCGGAGCCUGGACGGGGCUUGAUGAUCUCAUGAAGCACUCGUACGGAACAGACCUCUGCAAUUGCCCGAAUUCAAAGAUUAUUUCGGACCAAAACCUGAAAUUUAAGGCGAUCGAUGCUUAGGUAAGUGGAAAAAAAACCACGCAUCAGCCGAAAGAGAGAAAAAAAAAAGAAAAAGUUCCGACCUUUUAACGGUCUCGGAACUUCGUCUUGUGGAUUUCAUAUGCGGACGAAGCUCGUAGCGGUCCCGCGUCGUGCUUUCUGCACCCACGCAGCGAUCUCCGGCACUUCCCACAUCGCCCGCCUCGCCCGCCUAGGACAGAUUGACAAUGCGCGGAGGGUGUUCGACCAAAUGCUUCACAAGCCCAUCGCGUCCUGGAACGCGGUCGUUUCCGGGUACUUCCAGAACAGCAGGCCCCACGAAGCGCGGGAGAUGUUUGACAGAAUGCCUGAGAGGAAUACGGUUUCGUGGAAUGGGUUGGUUUCUGGUUACGUUAGGAAUGGGAUGAUCGAGGAAGCCCGAAAAGCAUUUGAUGUAAUGCCCGAGCGCAAUGUCGUCUCGUGGACGGCGAUGGUGAGGGGGUAUGUGCGGGAGGGGAUGGUAUCCGCGGCGGAAGUGCUCUUUUGGCAAAUGCCUGAGAAGAAUGUUGUGUCGUGGACUGUGAUGUUGGGGGGCUUGAUUCAAGAUGGUAGGAUUGAUGAGGCCCGUCGGCUCUUUGAUAUGAUGCCGGUCAAGGAUGUUGUUGCUAGGACUAAUAUGAUGGGAGGGUACUGUCAGGAAGGGCGACUCGAUGAAGCGAGGGAAAUUUUUGAUGAGAUGCCGCAUAGAAAUGUAGUCUGCUGGACGGCCAUGAUCACAGGGUAUGCACAGAAUGAUCGGGUGGACAUUGCUAGGAAGCUUUUCGAAGUGAUGCCAGAAAAGAACGAGGUGUCCUGGACAGCUAUGCUGAUGGGCUAUACCCAGUGUGGGCGGAUAGAGGAGGCCUCAGAAAUUUUCGAUGUGAUGCCAGUGAAGUCAGUUGUUGCCUGUAAUGCAAUGAUCCUUGGAUUUGGCCAGAGGGGGGAGGUAGUCAAAUCAAGGCAGGUAUUUGAUAUGAUGAGAGAGAAGGAUGAUGGAACAUGGAGUGCAAUGAUUAAGGUUUAUGAGAGGAAAGGUUUUGAGCUGGAAGCGUUGGACCUGUUUGCUAUGAUGCAGAGAGAGGGAUUCAGACCCAGCUUUCCUUCCUUAAUUAGUAUCCUAUCUGUUUGUGCCAGCUUGGCAUGUCUUGAUCAAGGCAGAGAGGUUCAUGCCCAGUUGAUCAGGUCCCACUUUGACUUUGAUGUGUAUGUUACCUCAGUUCUCAUCACAAUGUAUAUUAAGUGCGGAAACCUUGUAAAAGCAAAAGUGGUGUUUGAUCGGUUUGGUGUUAAGGAUGUGGUCAUGUGGAAUUCUAUCAUUACAGGUUAUGCACAACAUGGUUUAGGAGAAGAGGCUUUGAGAGUAUUUCAAGAGAUGUGCUCUUCAAUGACUCUACCAGAUGAAGUUACCUUUGUCGGAGUACUCUCAGCAUGUAGCUACACUGGGAAGGUAAAUGAAGGGCGAGAGAUUUUUGAUUCAAUGAAGAGCAAAUAUCUAGUGGAGCCCCAGACUGAACAUUAUGCCUGCAUGGUUGAUUUGCUUGGCCGGGCUGGCAGGUUAAAUGAGGCCAUGGAUCUAAUAAAGGGGAUGCCAGUGGAAGCUGAUGCUGUAGUUUGGGGUGCUUUGCUAGGGGCAUGCAGGACAUAUAUGAACUUGGAUUUGGCAGAAGUUGCAGCAAAGAAACUUUUAGAAUUGGAGCCUGAGAAUGCUGGACCUUACAUCUUGUUAUCAAAUCUUUAUGCAUCAAAAGGUAAGUGGACUGAUGUUGCGGAUUUAAGGAGAAAAAUGAGGUCAAGGAGUGUAAGCAAGUCCCCUGGCUGUAGCUGGAUUGAAGUAGAAAAGAAAGUACAUAUGUUUACUGGAGGCGACAGUAGGAGCCAUCCCGAACAUGUUGGUAUCUUGAGAAUGCUGGAGAAAUUGGGUGUGUUGUUGAGACAAGCGGGGUAUUCUCCAGAUGGUAGCUUUGUGCUUCAUGACAUUGAUGAGGAAGAAAAAUUGCAUAGCUUAAGGUAUCACAGUGAAAAACUUGCUGUAGCUUUUGGGCUUUUAAAGAUACCAGAAGGCAUGCCUAUCCGAGUAAUGAAGAAUCUUCGGGUUUGUGGUGACUGUCAUUCUGCAAUCAAAUUAAUUGCAAAAGUCACCGGAAGAGAGAUAAUCUUGCGGGAUGCUAACAGAUUCCACCAUUUCAAGGAUGGCUCCUGUUCCUGCAGGGACUAUUGGUGAUGACUCUAAAUGUUGAUGCUGCUAGGAGAGAAUCAUACCCAAUCUAAAGUUUUCUAGGUAUCCUGGCUCAUUCAACUGAAGAUGAGAUGAGGCAAUCCUUCUUUGCUCCAAAAUUUGAGCAUGUGAGGUGCCAAAUUCUGGGUAUGUGUGUCUAUACCCUAUUGGCAGAAUCAUAUGACUUGGAUGGGUAAGAAAUUGAACUUUUUUUAUGGACUCUCUAAAAAAGAAGUUGGAAUAUAAAUUGGACCUGUACCAACUUCCCUUUUCACACGAUUUCUGAGGCAGUUUUUGUGUGACAUGAAAAUUUGAAGAUGAAUUGGCUAGAUGCAUGAAUUGAUUGGAGACCUAUACUGGCCUCAACCAACAGAAGGAAAAAAGGUGAACAACUGUGGAGUCAAGGUCUCUUAUUUGGUGUUUAAGCUUUAAGCAAAUGAACUUUAUCGCCAGCAAAGGUUAUUCAAAUUGGGAAAGCUAGAGUUUGCACUGUCUACUCUGGUGCAACUUUGGCAUUGGUGGUUUUGUUCCAGAAACCUAACAUCAACACCUCCCACAUCUUUCUAGUCUUUAAGUCUUACUACUCUUAUCUUAUUACACUUGCUGAUGCACCAGCCACCGGGAUGUCAUGGAAGUAUCAGUUGCAACAAUCUUUGAAAUAUCAGAAAGUAGCCGCUCAAAAGUUGGUUGGUUUGCCUUAUGGAGUCUUGGAGAUCAAGCGGUGUUCAUGCCAUAUCAUUUGGCAUUGUGAUGCUACCAAUUCGACCUUGAUGUUCUUGGAAGACGCCGUCGUAUCUUCUGCCACUGCAGUGAGUGGACUCUGACCUUCCAGAUCUUUGUUUCAGUCUCACUUUGGAGUGAUCAAAUUGCUGAAGAAUUUACCAAUAUAUCCGUUUCUUAAUGUCGAGAGUUGUUGAGUUUUUUCUAUUAGUUGGCUAGAACUUCUACCGCAUUUGCUAUAUCACUAUUUGUUUAUAACAAUGGUACUUUAAAAGCAAUGCAAAACGUUGGAUGCUCAAGAUAA